GGGGUAUGCACAAAUUUUGGGCAAGCCAACUACAGGGACAUUUCGGAGCUGAUAUAUCGUAACCACCAUCGUGUUCUCCAGGUCUCUCAGUUAUAUCAUCAGCUGAGCCUGUCGAAUACAGUUAACUUCCAAGAUGGCGUUAAAUCUCGAUGUUUCCAACGCAACGGUGAUGAAAGAUGAGCAAGGCCGGCCGUUCAUCAUCGUCAGAGACCAGGGCAAGAAGAAGCGCCAGCAUGGCAACGAAGCUGUCAAGAACCACAUCCUUGCUGCCCGAACGGUUGCGAAUAUAGUAAAGACGUCUCUAGGUCCACGUGGACUCGACAAGAUUCUCAUCUCUCCCGAUGGCGACAUCACAAUCACCAACGAUGGUGCCACGAUUCUGCAGCAAAUGGAGAUUUCCAACCAUGUUGCCAAACUACUAGUCGAGCUUUCCAAGUCCCAAGACGAUGAAAUUGGCGACGGCACAACCGGCGUGGUAGUCCUGGCUGGCGCACUGCUGGAGCAGGCAGCCGAGCUGAUCGACAAGGGCAUUCAUCCCAUCCGCAUUGCGGACGGAUUUGACCAGGCUUGCGACAUCGCAGUAGCAGAGCUGGAUAGGAUCUCAGAUGUGAUCGAGUUCAGCAAAGAAGACAAGAAUAACCUCUUCAAAGUGGCUCGGACGAGCUUGGGUAGCAAAAUCGUGUCCAAGUCGCACGACCAGUUCGCUAAUAUCGCAGUGGAUGCUGUCCUGUCUGUGGCAGAUCUGGAGAGGAAAGACGUCGACUUCGAGCUCAUCAAGGUGGACGGCAAGGUCGGCGGAUCUCUCGAGGACACGGUUUUGGUCAAGGGCGUCAUCAUCGACAAGGACUUCUCCCACCCCCAAAUGCCGUCGGAGGUGCGGGACGCCAAGAUUGCCAUCCUCACCUGCGCGUUCGAGCCGCCCAAGCCCAAGACCAAACAUAAGCUUGACAUCACGUCGGUGGAGGAGUUUAAGAAACUGCAGACCUACGAACAUGACAAGUUCGUCGAGAUGAUCCAGCAGAUCAAGGAUACGGGAGCCAAUAUGGCCCUCUGCCAGUGGGGCUUCGAUGACGAGGCGAAUCACCUGCUGCUCCAGAACAAUCUCCCCGCCGUGCGGUGGGUGGGUGGACCUGAGAUCGAGCUGGUGGCCAUCGCAACCAACGGCCGGAUAGUGCCUCGAUUCGAGGACUUGACACCCGAGAAGCUGGGAACUGCUGGCAUCGUCAGGGAGAUGUCGUUUGGUACGACGAGGGAGAAGAUGCUAGUCAUUGAAGAGUGCGCCAACACCCGGGCGGUCACUGUCUUCAUCAGGGGCAGCAACAAGAUGAUCAUCGACGAAGCGAAGCGAUCACUACAUGACGCCCUCUGCGUCGUGAGAAACUUGGUCCGAGAUAACCGCGUGGUCUAUGGAGGCGGCGCCGCCGAGAUCGCCUGCUCCAUGGCCGUUGAGGAUGAAGCCAGGAAGACGCCUGGCCUAGAACAGUACGCGAUGCGGGCCUUUGCCGAAGCUCUGGACGCGAUUCCCAUGGCACUAGCAGAGAACUCUGGCCUGAAUCCCAUUUCGACGCUGGCCGAGGUGAAGAGCCAACAGGCCAAGUCGCCCGAAACACGGGGCAGGUUGGGAGUAGACUGCAUGGGUGCUGGCAGCAACGACAUGAAGGAGGCCUUUGUGAUCGAUCCACUGAUUGGCAAGAAGCAGCAGUUGCAAUUGGCGACGCAGCUUUGCCGGAUGGUGCUGAAGGUGAACAACGUGAUUAUCUCCGGGUCCGGUGAGGAUGAUUUCUGAACACGGGAGGUCCUUCCGAGGAGGAAGUGGGAAUCGAUACCAUGAUGUGUAAUGCGGAUAGACAAGACUCGCAUAUAAAAUUUUGAGUCAUCGAGGUGUGCAUCUCAGACUGGGCCCGUACUGUGGCGUUGUUUUUUCUGAUGGACGUGUUCUUGCUCUAAAAAACGCUCAGAAAACAGGCUCUCAAAACAGGUCUCAAAACAGGUCUCAAAACACCAUCUUCUAUUACAUUCAUCUGGGGCUUCUGUCUAUCAAAUCGAGGCCCCCGUCUUUACGUUCUUUGUCUAUUUGUUGAAAUUCUAUGCACAAUCCAUGAUUAUGUCCCUGUCUUCUACGCAAACCCAAAUCCAAAGAUUCGUCUAUCACCAAACUGGCCCAACCUCGCGCCAGCCUCGUACUUCAUCUGAUUUCACUUAGCGUUGGAGAUGGUGCGCCUAUGUUCAUCUAGCCAGCUCACGCUGGUGCAUGCGGCGCAGCU